AUGCGUUCUUUCUUCGUCAUCGUCGCGGUGGUCUGCACCGUUGGUUCGGCUUUGUGAGUCAUGCCUCCGUGCGCGCGUAUUCCACGUUGCGCUCUCGAGACUUCGCCACAGUGCGACGACGGUACUUAUUCUCAACACCGCAUUUUCGCACCCAACCACCAGGGCAACCUCAGCCACCCCCACUCAACCUACCGGCUUCAAGAAGCUCCGUCGUAGUUCUGACGCCGAGGUCCAACUUGAAGCCGGGGAACGCCUUCACACCAACUGGUGA